AUGGAGAGUACUCUUCCUUCUCGGGAAUUUUUCGUUCUUCGUUACCCCGGAAUUGUAAAUAAUCACGAGCGUGCCAUUGAAACUCUUGGAGGCCUACAAGCAUUAAACAAAACAUUCAACUCAAUCACACGACGUUUACGCCUCUCAUUCCGCCCAGAAAUGCUUUUUGCUAAACCUGUCUAUGGUGAUCACAGAUCUACAACAUCUCUUAUUAUUCUAGCUAAACAGUUGAGGAAUAAGCGUACCGGUGAAAUUAAACUUGUUGCUGAAGUGGUCGGAACUGCGACUAGAUUGUAUUGUUUCAACGGUAUGGUUGACUUUCAAUACGGUCCGUUUCAGAAGGCUGCUGCUAGCACUCCCGGACAAACCUCCAAUGAAAGUAGCUCAUCUCAGGAUAAUUUUCAAGUCUUUUAUGAUCAACUCCUUGUUAAAGAACCAUCCCGUGUCCUGGACUCCUAUUUCGCUACUCCUAAUAUGCCACUUUUUCUCCCUCCACUUCUCUUUACCCGUCUCGAUCAGCCAACAGUAUACUGCUACUCCUCCCGUUUCCGCAUGAAUCAGUAUGUUGAAUUGGAACAAAACAGUCAGCAGCACCCUUAUCAUCGGAAGGAACGCAAAAGCUUUGCUAUAUUCGUCAAUUUUGGCGACCCAAUUCCUGAAGCUGCUCAUCCUGGGGCUUUGCUGGCUGUGACAAGCCAGGGCAACCAAACUCGAAAGCUAGCUCGUGAUGUAGAGAAGUUAUUCCAACAUCGUCCCAUUUGGAGUAAGGCUGCUUUGGUGCACAGUUUGAAAUGGAAACGGAUUCGAGAAUUCGCUAUUAAAACAAUCCUUCCUGCUUAUGCAUACUAUGUGCCUAAUGGACCUUGGGGCAGAGUUUGGGUCAAGUUUGGUUACGAUCCCUGCAAACAUUCAUCAUCUAGAGUCUAUCAGACCGUCGAUUACCGUGUACGCCUACCUCGACUUCAGGCCAUGUUGUGUCUUUCCGGUCGACGACCUCGAGCUGAUGAUCGUGAAGAUGCCGAGUUGUCGGGUUCAGAUCUCGAAGAGCUUGGAGAAUCGACUACUCUUGAUGUUUCCUUAGCUGCUGCUCAUGCUGGAGAAACACCAGAACCUGUUCAUGCGUCGCAAAAAAGUAACAUUAAUGCAUCUUUUGAUCUCUUGAUUUUUCCGCGUUUUAUUGCCAUAAAUACUCUUCUUUUACAGACUAGUGCCUUCCUCUUCAGCAAGGACAGUUGGCCAGAUGCGAAACAGAUCCUCUACCAACUAAUCGAUAUUGAUAUCCCCGAAGUAGUUGAGAUGCUGGCCGUUCCAGUUUCAAGACAAAAUUGCGACUCCAUCUACGGGUGGAUGCCCAACGAUUAUCAGAAAACUAUCCGUGCUCUCAUGACACGCUACCUGGAAACUUGGGUCAAAAUGUCAAAUCAAACGAUUGAAAUGAUUCCCCCAGAAUUCCUUGACCCUAUGACAACUGCUCGGCCUCGUAGAGCUUUUAUUGCCUACAAGGAGGGUCUGGAUUACACUUUCAAUUAUUCUGAUCCAUUAGAUGCUUGCUCCAAUUCAGUAGUGUGUGAGUACACUGCGGCAGCAAUAAAUUCCCGACCGGAGUGUAUCUCCGUUCAACAUUUUCACCACUCUGGCGUGGCUCAAACGCUUGCCUAUGGUAGCAGUCGAGCGAUAUGUCUGGCCACUAUGGUUAACAAUGAUAUUCGAGUGUCCAAGACAAUCUUUGGUCAUCUCGAUACUGUCAGUUGUGUUAGAUGGGUUGAUUCAUUCAAGGGACCAAAUGUUACGAAAUUUGAAAGCUGCUUGGUUUCUGGUUCUGAAGAUGGUGAUGUCAAGCUUUGGAACAUCGGAGGUAAACUAGACAAGGAGCUUAUUUCUCUGAAAGUCCCUUCGGCGGUUAUUAGUGUUCACGCAGUUUAUACGGAUGAAUCGGAAAGUCAAAUUGUUCUAGCAGCUGCUUCCAAAGAACAGAUUACAGUAUGGACUUUAGGACUCUCUCUUGUGGAUGGGGAGGUCACGUCAGCUGUAGCCUCUAAUGAAAUAGCUAUCACGUAUACCUCAUACACAUGUUUAACUUUGCGUCUCUGGAGCCUGACGCCAAAUCUCCUGGUUCUCUUCUCUGGAAUGUCUUCUGGCAAUACAGAAGUCAGGACUAUCAGUAUGGGAGAAAGUUCAGCACCAAUUGCUGGAAGUCUCCAAGGCCAUUGUGAUUGGAUUAAUUGUCUGGAUUGUAUUCAGAUGUACCCUCCAACAGAACCCACAGUGAAGGGUCAACAAAUCCUGGUAGCGACCGGAUCAAAGGAUACUCAAAUCCGUAUUUGGCAUUUGAAUUUUCUUGAGGGGCCAGGUGAAGGACUAAAAGGUCAACGACUCCAUCUUCCUGCGUCUUAUUCCAGUUCUCAUAUUCUUUUAAGUCGACUGGAGAGUGUUAUAAAAGGCCAUAAUCACAGUGUCACAGGGUUGGCGUGGUCUCCGGUCCCCUGGUCGCCCACAUCUUGUCCCCAGUUGCUUUCUGCUAGCGCUGAUAAAACCCUCAUUAUUUGGGCCCCCUCUGAGCCACUCUUUUCUAAUGGUGGUGAAGCGAAUUUGGUUAGUGAGGGAGCUUGGCUGGAGCAGGUUUCAGUGGGUACGGUGGGAGGAAAAUCACUUGGAUUUCUUGGCUGUGCUUGGGGCAACUACAACAAUGAAAUUUAUGGACAUGGAUUUCGGGGCGAUUUGUCAACGUGGUCUACAGACGGUGAACCGCGCAUCACACUGACCGGUCACUUCAAUUCAGUUACGGAUCUCUCCUGGUGUAGGGAGACAAUUGAUGGAGCUCCAAUCAAAUCCGUUGCUAGUGGGGACGAAGAUGAUUCCUUCAUGCGUGCCUAUCCCGCUUAUCUGCUUACAUGCGGUCUUGAUUCCACUGUUCGACUUCAUGGUCUUUUUUACACCGAGGGAAGCGGCUGUUCACCACCAGUUCGAAUGUGGCGAGAAUUGGCCAGACCCCAGCUGCAUGGAUAUGAAAUGAAUAGUGUAGUCAGUAUGGAUUUCAUUCAUUAUAUCUCCGCUGGUGAUGAAAAAGUAGGUCGCGUGUUUUCGGCUACGGAGAGCUUUGUGGAACAAUUUCUCAGUGAAGCUACCAUUCAAGCCCAUCCUGGUUUGCAACACUUACCAAUAGCUGCCGUUCAACCUGAGCAAGGACUUUCGAACAGACCUAUGAUCGAGGCGGAGGAGCAGGAGCUGAUUGAAACAAAUCCUGAAUAUAUUAAGCCGCCAUAUCCCCCCACGGAAUCAGCGCUCACAGAGACAACACUCUGGUUGGAAACGAACAAGCUCUACGGCCACAGUAAUGAGAGGCCAAGAGUUUUUUUCUGUGCGGGUGGUGUAGAACUCAUUGUGGAUACCUUAUUCUCCUACUGUGAACUACUUGCUACUAAGCCGGUGUAUUCUUUAGCACUCAAUCCCCAAGGCACUCUUCUUGCAUCGGCUUGCAAGGCAGCUAAAGAGGAGUUGGCUCAAAUCCUUCUCUGGCGUACAGACAACUGGCAAAUUCAUCAGACUCUUCGCUUCCAUCGUUUAACUGUUAGUCGGAUGUGUUUCAACGCUGCUGGUGACAAGUUAGUUUCCGUCUCUCGAGAUAGAACUUGGGCUCUUUGGAAGGCUGAUGUUGGUUCUGGAGAUGGAAAGCAUCCAAAUUUCCAACUCUUUAGGCAUGCUGGAAAGAAUACACAUUCCAGAAUCAUCUGGGCAUGUGCUUGGUCACCGGACAAUAAGGCUUUCUUUACGGCCUCUCGAGACAGGCAGAUAAUGGCGUGGCAUAGUGAGAGUGGAGAGCGAAUCGGUUCACCCUGGUCUCUCUCUGAGCCCAUCACUGCAUUCGACGUUGGUUCAACCAUCUCCGGCCACACCACCGCCUUCCUUGCUGCUGCCGGGUUUGAAACUGGUGGCAUUGAAUUGCUGGCGAUAUCACUGACCAACUUAACCUGCACCUCACUUUUCAAAGUGCCUGCUGAUUGGUCACAUAUGGGUCUUUCUGUUAAUUGUCUGGCUUUUCACCCAGUUAACAAAGAGGAGUCCGUACUGGCUAGCGGUGGAGCGGAUGGAAUGGUGCGAAUAUUCAAAAUCAAUCCUUCCUCCCUUAUGAAAUAA